AUGGCCCCCCCCACCAAGGUCUUCUCCCUCGAGGGAAAGGGCCUGAAGCUGGACACCGCCCAGGACCUCGAGGCUCACAUCGCCGACUUGCGCGCCAUGCACGACGUCGAGGAGGUGAGGCUACUAGGCAACACCCUCGGAGUCGGCGCCUGCCAGCUUCUCGGCGAGGUCCUGGCCACCAAGAAAUCGUUGCAGGUUGCCAAUCUUGCCGACAUAUUCACCGGCAGGCUGCUCAGCGAGAUCCCCGACGCCCUGUCUUCUCUCCUGACUUCGAUCCUGAACCUGCCCAACCUGCGGACAAUCAACCUCAACGACAACGCCUUCGGCCUCAACACUCAGGCGCCCCUGGUGGCCUUCCUCGCCAGGCACGUCCCCCUGCAGCACCUGUACCUCAACAACAACGGCCUGGGUCCCCACGCCGGCAUCCUGGUCGCCGAUGCCCUCUCCGAGCUGCACACCAAGAAGGAGGAGGCCCGCAAGUCCGGCCAGGAUGUCCCCUACCUCGAGACCGUCAUCUGUGGCCGCAACCGCCUGGAGAAUGGCAGCAUGACGGCCUGGGCCAAGACCUUCAGCCUGCACGACAAGGUCAAGGAGAUCAAGAUGGUGCAGAACGGCAUCCGUCAGGAGGGUAUUUCCCACCUGCUGAGCGAGGGCCUCAACCGCGCCACCGAGCUCCACACCCUCGAUCUGCAGGACAACACCUUUACCCUCAUGGGCGCAAAGGCCCUGGCCAAGGUGGUCCCCACCUGGACUGAGAUCCAGGAGCUCGGCAUCGGUGACUCGCUCCUGGGGGCCAAGGGAGGCGUGCUUCUCGGCUCUGCCCUCGCCAAGGGGAGGAACCAAAAACUUCAGAUUCUGCGCCUACAAUAUAACGACAUCACCGCGCCUGGCGUAAAGGGGCUGGCCGAGGCUGCCAAGGACGGCCUUCCUGCCCUGAGGAAGCUGGAGCUCAACGGCAACAAGUUCUCCGAGGAGGACGAGUCGAUCCUGGCGCUGCAGGCGCUCUUCGAGGACCGCAAGGAGAAGCUUGGCGGCGAUGUCGUGGAUGAGGAUGCGUGGGGUCUUGACGAACUGGACGAGCUGGAAGAAGUGGAUUCUGACGAGGAAGAGGAGGAGGAAGAAGAGGAGGAGGAGGAGGAAGAGGAGAUCGAGCCCGAAAAGAGGGCCGAGAAGCUCAUCAAGGAGGCCGAGGAGGCCCAGGAGGAGCCCACGGUCCAGCUCAAGGACGCCGAGGUCGACUCUUUGGCGAAGAAGUUGGAGAAGACGACCAUUUAA